UUGGCAUCACUGUAGCAGCCACGUAAGAUUGACAAUGACGUUUGGGAAAAUAAUUUUUUCUCAUUUAAGAUAAUUUUCUGAGAAAAUGUGUGAGGAAUCUAUAAUAAAUUGAUUUUGGUGCAAGGAAAAUUGAAAACUCAACUCAACAUCAAUGUUAUGAUGGCUGAACAAAACUUGAACGGAGUUUCCCUCAGCCUAGAAAAUCUGAAACAGAAUGUACCAGUUGAUGGAAAGAUGUACCAACAGUUCAACGGAGUACACUCUUCCCAGUCAUCAAGAAGUUCAACUCCACCUGUUCGACUUGGGCAAAUUCCUCCAACUCAGCUUCCUCCCAACAGGCCAGUUCCUCAGUCCCAACUGCCGCCUUCUAGAUCCCCACUCACCAAUGUCACCCAACAAGUUGGUGCACUCAGCAUACAGCAGAUGCCGCCUAGUGUCAGUACGAAGUUUGAAACCAUCAGUCUGGAAAACAAGCCCGUUUUUUCGUCAGCUUCUCCGGUACCAAAAACGCAAGUAACUCAGGCCGAACCGUUCAGAAGUUUUUAUGAUAAAGAUGAUGUGAAAAAUGUAGUGCCUAAUGUACCAGGUGUGCAGAAGACUCCUCAUAAUUUCUCUCCAAUGUCUCAGACUAGUUUAAACCAAAAUAGUAGUCAAUACCCAUAUGGACAAAUGCAAAAUCAGCAAUCAAAUGUGGGUCCUUCAGUUAGUACCACCCAGGGAAAUGCCCAAGCUGGGUUAAAUAGGACUAAUUUUAUACAAACGCCUGUGUUAUCGUCUCAGAAUUUUGUGAAUAAACCAACUGUUCCACUAGAGUCCAGUAGAUUGAACCAGUAUUCAACUGUGCAAAGUCAAAGCAAUCCAAUUCAAACUGGUUUGAACCAGGGUCAGUACCUGCAGCAUCCUGCAAGUAGUUCAAGUACUCAGUAUAGCUCAAAUAAUACAAGCGGCAGUCACUUACCCAAUUUGAGUCAAGUCAACAGGAAUAUAGCAAAUCAAAUUCCGGGGUCAACAGUUCCUCCUUUGGUAAAUCCAGCACAUCAAUUCUCGAACCCUCAGAAAUUCUCCCAAAUGUCACAGAUCCAUCCUAGUACAAACCAAAGAUAUGUAAACCCGAAUCAUGCACCUAGGCCAAUGCUGAACAUGAAUAACUUACAGAACUUUUCUGCGAAUGCAACCCAGCCGAAGAUGCCACCAAGCAGUGUUUUUCCUCCUCCUGUAUCAAAUUUUCAACCCACCACUGUUCCCCAAACGAACUACUUAACUGGACCUCCACUUCAAAACCUGGCUGGUCAAAAACCUGUUAUGCACAAUAACCGAUAUCCGACGUCUUCAAAUACAAGUUAUCAGCAACCACCUGCUAGUCAGUAUAACGCUCCUCCUUCACAGACGAUUCAGAAGCCAACAGGUUAUCAGCAACCGAUGCAGCAGCAAAACUCCUACCAAGCUCAGAAUCAGUACAGGAGUGUCCUAGACACUGGUUUCAACAAUGCCUGGGGGACACAGAGCUAUGACCUUUUGCAACUCCCAAACAUACUGCCCCCUUCGAAAAUAGACCCUCCAAGGGUUUGCUUGGGGCAAGAACUGCUAGACCAAGCCAACUGCAACCCGGACGUGUUUCGAUGCACCAUGACGAAGAUACCUGAAAACAACUCGCUGUUGCAAAAGUCUCGUUUGCCGUUGGGCAUCCUGAUCCAUCCCUUCAGGGACCUCAGCCACCUCCCUGUCAUCCAGUGCAACGUGAUCGUUAGGUGCAGGGCUUGUCGCACCUACAUAAACCCAUUCGUUACUUUUGUGGAUAACAAAAGGUGGAAAUGCAAUCUUUGCUAUCGAGUAAAUGAGCUGCCAGAGGAGUUCCAGUAUGACCCUGUUAGUAAGACCUACGGUGAUCCUAGCAGAAGGCCGGAGAUCAGAACGAGCACUUUAGAGUACAUUGCCCCAGCUGAGUAUAUGCUGCGCCCCCCUCAACCGGCAGUAUAUCUCUUCUUACUGGAUGUGUCUCGUCUGGCUGUUGAAAGCGGCUACUUAGAGCUGAUGUCCGGUAUUUUGUUGCAAGAGCUGAAGAACUUACCUGGGGAUGCAAGAACUCACCUGGGAUUUAUUGCUUAUGAUUCCGCCCUACAUUUCUACUCCCUGCCAGAAGGGAUAACUCAACCACAAGAAAUGACUGUUCUAGAUAUCGAAGAUGCCUUCAUUCCCACUCCAGACAACUUGUUGAUCAACCUGAAAGACAGAAUGGAUUUGAUAGCAGACCUUUUGAGGCUACUACCUUCUCGAUUUUCUAAUACUUACGACACUAACUCUGCUUUAGGUGCAGCCUUGCAAGUGGCCUUCAAGUUGAUGAGCUCUACUGGGGGUCGUGUCACCGUUUUUCAAGCAUCGCUUCCCAAUGUGGGUCCGGGAGCGCUAACUGCUAGGGAAGAUCCUUCGCAGAGAGCUACUACGGAAGUUGUACACCUCAAUCCGGUGAACGAUUUCUAUAAACGCAUAGCCUUAGAAUGCAGCGGGCAGCAAAUAGCUGUCGACUUGUUUGUUGUCAACUCUCAGUAUGUGGAUGUUGCAACUAUUUCGGGGAUCAGCAGGUUCAGCGGUGGGUGCAUGCAUCAUUUUCCACUGCUCAAACCAACGAAGACCAUACUCUGCGAGAGCUUCGCCAGAUGUUUUAGGAGGUAUUUGACUAGGAAGAUUGGUUUCGAGGCUGUUAUGAGGAUUAGGUGCACCAGGGGACUCUCCAUUCAUACCUUCCAUGGAAACUUCUUUGUAAGGUCCACGGAUUUGCUGUCCCUCCCAAACAUCAAUCCAGAUGCUGGUUUCGGCAUGCAACUCUCAAUCGACGAGAGCUUAUCCGAUGUCCAGUCGGUCUGUUUCCAGGCAGCUCUGCUGUACACCUCUAGCAAAGGUGAACGUAGGAUAAGGGUGCAUACGAUGUGUCUACCUGUCGCUUCAGUGUUGAACGACAUCAUACACUCAGCUGAUCAAGAGUGCAUCGUCGGGUUGCUCUCCAAAAUGGCCGUGGAUAGGUCGAUGCAGUCUAGUCUCUCGGAUGCUCGGGAAGCUUUCAUAAACGUAGCAAUAGAUAUAUUAACGAGUUACAAAAUAUCCCUCAACAUGGCGAGCUCUGUAUCAGGUCUUUUGGCGCCAAACUGUUUGAAGUUGCUGCCCUUGUACAUAUCGGCACUCCUGAAGCAUCCCGCCUUCAGGAUGGGAGGUGCCACUAGGGUAGAUGAUAGGGUCAUGUCCAUGAUUAACAUGAAGACGAAACCUCUGUACUUGUUGAUUCAGAAUAUAUACCCGGACUUGUACCCGAUACACGAUUUGGAGAAUCAGGAAGUGAUUUUGAACUCAGAAGAGGAACCCGUUUCGAUGCCGCCCAGACUGCAACUGACUGCUAGGUGUCUUGAGAACAAGGGGGCCUUCCUCAUGGACACAGGCGAGCAUAUGGUGAUUUUAGUGUGUCCGAACGUUUCGCAGGAGUUUUUAUCGGAAGCGCUAGGAGUCAGUAAUUAUAACAGUAUCCCUGACGACAUGUACGAAUUGCCCAUUUUAGAUAACCUUCGGAAUCAAAGACUGCACCAAUUUGUUAAUUAUCUGAAUGACGAUAAGCCUUACUCAGCUACGUUGCAAGUGAUUAGGGACAAUAAUAGUUGUAGAGUUGUGUUUUUCGAACGGUUGAUAGAAGAUCGUGUUGAAAACGCUUUGUCUUAUCAUGAGUUUUUGCAACAUUUGAAGACCCAAGUGAAAUAGAUUUAAGUGUACCCUGGUUUUCUGAAUAUUAUUCAACAAUGCAAAAGUAUUGCUAGGAAAUUUUUUAUGUAAUAAAAUGAAUGGAAUUAUGUUUGGAACUGAUAUGAUUUCAAGGUCAACCCAAUUACACAGAUAGUAUUCAAUGAAAAUAAUCUCAUUGUAAUGGGAGAUAAGAUAUAUGGAAGAUUCUGGUUCAAAAGGAAACCUCAAUAAUAGUAGAUAAGACUGAACCUUCACGUGAAUGAAUUUCAAGGUUGGAAUGAUUCAGCAGAAUUAUUUGAAAAUGCGGUUUUAAUGCUAAUUUAUAAGAAAUGGCUGUAAUUCAAAUAUUGGAUGAAAUAAAGGCAUAUUUAGUCAAAAUGGAAGUAAUGCAAAUAUUGUUUAGUUUAGAAAAUAUUUUUGUUGAAUUAUAUAAAUUACUUUGCUAUAGAAAGUGAAACUUAAAGGUUGAACAUUAUUAUUUAGGAACUAAUUUGGAAUUGGAUCAGUAAAAAUUGUUAGAUAUUUUUUUAUUGAAUAAAUUUGGAUUUGAAUAAAUACAUCCUCAGGGCUGUAAAAUGAGAAAAAAGUUCUUGAAAGUAGGUUUUACCUACAACUCUAUAUUGCAUAACUUUAUUAUGAUAUGAAAAGUAUUUUUGAUCAAUGAGAUGUCAAAAACUUACCGAAACAUGUUAUUUACUGUGUUGAAAAAGAUUAAUAAGUAUUUGCCGUAGACAGACAUUUAGUAGGACAACAAUCGAAAAUAUAUUAAAUGAAAAAACAGUAGUCAAAACCAAAACUGGUGUAAAAUGAAGCAUUUCAACUGAAAAGUUUAACAAAAUGUUGAAGCAAAUAACAAAAUACUGAAAAUUGUUAUAAAAUACGCUGGCACUGAAUUUUGUCAUUUUGUUAUUGACAUUUUAAUUUAUUUAUAUUUAUGAUUUCAUUUGGCUGUAGUUGUAGCUUUCAUUAACUUUCGUUUUUUUUUACUACAUUUUUGUUUAUAUGAAGAUCUGCUUGCAGAAAGUUCUUUUCAAUAUGGAAAAUCAGAUGUUUUGAGCGAUUGUCGUUGUAUGUCAAAGUCAUGCGAUAUAGAAUUUCAGGUGUAAAAUAUAUUCAGGAAUUUUUUUCCUCAUUGUAAUACCCUGAGGAUAAAAAUAUUUAAGUCCAAAAGGUCUGUGACAAACGAGGUAAUUUCUCUACGAAUUUUUACAAAUCCUAUCCCAAACUGGUUCCUAAUGUCAAUCUUUGAAUCACUGAACCAAAUCAGAGAAUCAAUUACAGAAAAAAAAUAGCCAAAUUCUGGAGAAAAAAAAUAUGAAAGACCUCUAGGUUUUUUUCAGGAGAGGGAAGAUUUGAAAAUUUUUGGGCAUUCUUUGCAUAUAUUCAGGGUGUUUCCUAGGAACCUCUAAAUAUUUCAGAAAUUGAUCUAACCUUCCAAAUUGAAAAGUUCAUCAGUCACUUUAUCAAAUCAGGCCUCCUUUAUGGUACAAAUUUGAAUUAAAAUAUGUUGAACUAGUCCUAAUUUUUUUUUAAUUAUUGUUUACCCCUCGUAUAUUUAAAAUAUUGAAAUACAGAAUUAAUGAUCCUCAAAUUUAUCGAAAAAAAUACUCUUAGUUGAAUUUAUGGGGUGGUUAUUAUUAUUUAAAUGAACAUUAUACUACCGUAUACAAAAGUUGGACAGUCGUAUACAAAAUGCCAAUGAAAUAUCUUCGAAGUUUCUGAAAUGUUAUAAAUGCUCAUUUGAAUUUUGGAAUUCAGAAUUUAUAGAAUCAGCUUCUGGGAAAUUUUACUGCUUUGGAAAAAUUCGGAACACCUACUUAACAUAUUGUUAUCUCAGACAUGAAUUUUACUUCUAUAGUUUUCAAUAAAUACCAAUAUCACAUCUUUUUUAUAACACUGAGCUGAUAUAGUAUUAUACACUUGUUUUUCAGAUCAUUUUAUUACAUUAUUCGAAAAUUCUAAUUUGUCCCUUUGAUACUGAAAUGUGAUAUCUAAUUUGGCAAUAUUUUUGCAUUACCUUGCUUUUAUUACGCCAUCAUUGAUUAUCUAUUGUUUUUUAUUGUUAUCCUAUAGACAUAUAUGUUAUUGUAAAAUAGAUAUUUUAAUUAUAAUGGUCAAAGCUGUUUUUUUAAACUUUAAUUCUGUAUGAAUUGCCAGUUUGGAAUACCUUUGGGUUGAAAAUAAACUGUAUAUAUAUUUCAA